AAAAGUUAAAACCAGGCGGCUCGCGCUGAAGUGACAAGAAGUGAAGAAACAAUGGAAGUUAUGGAAGGGCUAAAGAAGUUGCAGAAGCUACAAAGCAUGAUGGAGAUGAUGCAGUCGUUAGGAAUCAUCAUCAGUUCUUCCAGCGACGAUGAUUCCACCUCCCUUCGCUUUCUUGCUAACCUCGCCCUCUUUGUGGUACAAGAAUGCUGCGAGCUUGACAUUGAUACGAAGUGCCAUCUCAUUCGUGAGCACUUUCCAAAGUUCUCGCCUUCCUUCUUUGUGCAAGCAUCAAAAUGUGUCUCUAGGGGAGGUUCAUUUCAGAAGCCAGAGACUCAAGAUGGCAAUGAAGAAAUCCAAAAUACUAGCCUACUUUGCCGUGAUGAUAAGGCAGGCCUUGGUCAAAAACAAAUGGAUUAUGAAGAUGUUGCUCUAAUCAGUCUGGAUUCUAUGCAACGAGCUAAUUCUACCUUAGAAGACUUUUGCAGGUCAUACUUUAUGUUUCACAAAAUGGAUGCACACCAGCCUGAGUCGAUAUUCAGAUACCUGCCAAUUCUUUCAUUUACUGAAAGUUUUAUCUAUCAGUUGGAUAGCUUAAAUGAAAAGCUUCUGCAGCCACCAAAGGAGAACACCGUUUUAUACAACAAAUCUUGUAGGGGAGCUGAUCAAAGCUUGGCUUUUAAAUCUGUCAACAUGAAAGCUGAUCCAUUUAGUCCAUUGGUUGUCAUGCUUGAGUCUUCUGGGCUUUUGACAGAUAGGAUUAAUGAAGAAUUUAAGAGUGGAAUUGAGUAUUGGUCCUUGGAAAGAAAGCUAUGCUAUGCCCUUUCAAGCAAAAUGGAGAUAUCACUUAAGGAUGUGAUGCAAGCUAUUCGACUGAAGUCCUUUGAUUACCGAGUGCUGAAUCUUCUGUUGUACCAACUACAAGGUGAAAAGGUGAAUGAAUUGCAUAUGGAAUUCUUGUCAAUUUCAGAGUUCCUUGUGGAGAUAUCUGAUGAUCUGUUUGACUACGAGGAUGAUGUAUUGAAUAACAAUUUCAAUAUAUUGCGGAUGUUUGGCAGAAUAUAUGGACCUUCGGCUGCACCAGUCAUCCUGGCACAGUGCAUAACAGAAGCAGAAGGGAAGUAUGAUAGUCUUUUGAAAGCUCUUGACCCCGAAUUAUCUGUUAGCCAUCAGAGAAGAUGUGAAGAAGCUACUAAAGAAGGUGGGAAGACAUGUGGUCCUUCUCUCGGGACAUGGUGCAUACCUCCUAUCAUUGCAGACGAGGAUCUAUACCGGUCUAAAGUUUUGAGGUCCGAUCCAAGCUAAGCCAUAAGCUAGGGAGCAACCAAAUCAGAUGAGAUGUCAGACCGAAACCAACUUGCAGAACUCACAAAAGAUGGAGCUUAGGUUGUCUAGCCAAUGUAAAGAGGUGCUAACAU